GGCAGAUGUCAGCGGUCACAUGGGCCGGAAAAUGUGGGGCUUAAUUCCUGUGUUUGACUGCUCUCAGCUGCUGCUCCUCUGCCCUUCGCACUGCAAACCCGCCGUCCGCCGCAUCCCGACCACCGACCCCCCGGCCGACUCUCCUCGGCGCGCCAUGUCGGCAGACCAAGCUUUUGUGACGUUGGCCACAAACGACAACUACGCCAAGGGAGCAAUGGUUCUUGGCCAGUCGUUACGGAACCACAGCACGACCCGGAAACUGGUGGCACUCAUCGGACCUCAUGUUGCAGAGCCUUGCAGGGAUGCGCUGCACUCCGUUUUUGACGAGGUGAUCAUGGUGGACGUCCUGGAUUCGUGCGACGCAGCUAAUCUGGCUCUGAUGAAGCGGCCGGACUUGGGCGUAACGAUCACCAAACUGCACUGCUGGACCCUCGUGCAGUACAGCAAAUGUGUGUUCAUGGAUGCCGACACGCUGGUGCUGUCCAACAUAGAUGAGCUUUUUGAGAGGGAAGAGUUGUCUGCAGCUCCAGAUCCUGGUUGGCCCGACUGUUUCAACUCCGGCGUUUUUGUCUUCAGGCCGUCCAAAGAGACGCAUGAAGAGCUGCUUAAGUUCUGCGCUGAAAAAGGCAGCUUUGACGGUGGAGAUCAGGGCGUCCUCAACAGCUACUUUAACAGCUGGGCGACGGCAGACAUUUCCAAACACCUCCCGUUUAUCUACAACCUCAGCAGCAUCGCCAUCUACUCCUACCUGCCGGCUUUCAAACAGUACGGCCACAACGCGAAGGUGGUGCACUUUCUGGGCAAAGUGAAGCCGUGGAACUACUCCUACGACGCCCAGAGAGGCGAGGUCAGAGGUCACUCCGUCUCCCCCGACCCGUGCCAGAUGCACCCAAACUACCUGCUCCAGUGGUGGCAGCUGUACGCCGCCUCCGUCCUGCCGUUGCUGCAGAAGGCGUACGGCGACGCCCCGUUCAGCAGCGGCUUCGUGAACCAGAGCAGUCCUGGCGAACUUCACGAAGACGCGAGAGAGCAGCCCAGGUUUCCCCCACCUCCCUCCCAGAGGCUUUCGUCAGAGGAGAGGAAGCAGCGCUGGGAAGCGGGCCAGAUCGACUACUUGGGCGACGAUUCCUUCACAAACAUCGAACAAAAACUCAACUCCUUCCUCAAGUAGCGCGCGCCUGACGGAGUGUGACGGACACCGGUCCGAGCUCUGGGAUGAAGAGGGGGAUGGGAGGGAUGCAGCGCCGCUCAGCCAAACAUGGGGGGUGGUGGCUUUCAUUCUUCUGUCUUGGCAGGGUUUGUUUGGCAGAUCUUCCAUGCACUCCAAUAUAAAACUUACUUGUUUCCCCCCGUACCCUUUAAACAGUUUGACAUGAUUUGGGGAGAAUAAUCUUACUAAAAUUUAGAUAUUUAGAGAGUGAUGCAGUUGCCAGCAUCCAGCGUAGAAUGAAGACUAGAAACGAUUAAUUGUAUGUUAAAUCUAAGCACUGUGAAUGUUAGAAUAAUUUAAAUGUGCAUCACGGGUAAAACAAGAGGCUAAAUACACCCCUCAAAUAUUGUGAAAUUGACUGCAUUUAUUUUUUUCCCCAAUUCUCUUUUGCCAAUUGUUGGGUUGUGCUGAGGUUCAGGAAAACGGCCUUUCGGGCUCGACCCAAAGGCACCAAAGAGCAGGUAAACAAACAUCUCGGAAAGGAACAUCUGCUGCACCUGAAGUGUGUAAAAUCUUCAUGCAAAUCUAUUCAUUGCCAAAAAAUGUUUGUCCCGUUCGGCGGUUAGCGUAGGUUUCUAAUUUCAAUACCUCUGUUGGAUUAUUUUGUUUUGCUCCUUUUGUUGGUCUAAUUUGUUGGGUUCUCCGCUUUGUGCAGCCGUUUUCUUGGAUGCACCGUUCCUCCUCCACCACCUUUUAUGAGAAUUAUUCACAAAUCUCUGCCACAAGAGUGCACAAUUGAGCAUUUUGCUCAAUAAAAAUACAUUCACCUCCACAGCUCCUUACUAUACUUGCAAUAAGUCUCUAGACUACAAAGCACAUAUGCAACAGGCUCGUUCCCUUCUUCCCGUAGCCAUGACUUUAACACAACAGUGUUCACCUCAGGAGUGCGUAGAGCAGCAGCGUCUCUGUCUGUGCCUCUGACGCUCGCCGGCUCCCUGUAACUUCAGCUGUGCAUCAUCUGGUGUAGUGUUGGUUUGUAUUUGCAUGGCACAGAGCUGAUGAGCGAGUCUGUGAUUUUAAAAAGUGCUUCCACCCAGGUGAUGUAAAGGUUUAUAUGUAUGUUUCUGUGCGCUCCUCUCGUGCUCCGCAUGUCCGGUGUUCGUGGCCGUUCCCGGCGUUUCAUCACUUCCUAUCUGUAGUGUAACCAGCUGCCUUAUUGCCUGCCCACCAUUUACAAAACCUCUCUGACUGUAACUGCUGCUAGUGACACAUUUCUGUGAAUCCCUCCUCCCGUUUCCCCUUUGCUGCCCACAGCCACUUUACUUCUACCUGCCUGCUGGUCAAAGUGUAACCUGAUGAUUCACUCCUCCGUCCAUUGCACACACUCCCAAAGGGAAACGUGUUAGAGGCGAUAGAUAGUAAGUCCACUCAGAGGUGUGUGGAAGUGGAUAAUUGUUGCUGUGACAUCUUUUGAUGCAGCUGUUAACUGUUCACCUUUAAAAAUAAAUAAACCUGUGGAAAAAAAUA